UGUGUAUUAGCAAGAAGCGAAAUAAUAGAGCAUAGAAAUCACGUUAAAUUGCAAGAAAACUGUGAAACGCCCAACAUCAACGUUAGCACCUGCAUAUUGCGCAAUCGGGCAGAGAAAUCCACAGGCGUCAGCAACGCCCGAUCACAAAAGAACACAACACAGCAACAACAAACAAAAACAACGGUUGAACGAAAAAAAAAACACUACACUACCUUGUUGUCGACCCCAGCAAACAAAUUGCGCAUAUUUUCGUGGGCAGCAGCUGAUUUCACAUAUCAAGAAUAAUGCUCGACUUGGAAAUCGUGCCAGAGAUCUCACUGGGCUGUGACGCUUGGGAGUUUGUACUUGGCAUGCACUUCUCUCAGGCCAUUGCCAUUAUACAAUCUCAGGUGGGCAUCAUAAAGGGCGUGCAGGUGCUGUACUCCGACACGAAUCCACUGGGCGUCGACAUUAUUAUCAACCUACCACAGGAUGGCGUUCGCCUAAUUUUUGAUCCUGUGGUACAACGUUUAAAAAUCAUCGAGGUGUUUAACAUGAAGCUUGUGAAACUGAAAUAUGGAGGCGUCUACUUCAACUCACCAGAGGUGUUGCCCUCCAUCGAGCAGAUUGAACAUUCUUUCGGAGCUACACAUCCGGGCGUCUAUGAUGCAGCUAAGCAGUUGUUCGCUCUGCACUUUCGUGGUCUGAGCUUCUACUUCCCCGUCGAUAAUAAACUUCAUUCGGGUUAUGCGCAUGGACUCGGCUCGUUAGUCUUCCUCAAUGGCGCGUCGCCUGUGGUCUCCAAGAUGUCUCUGUACGCGGGUAGCAAUGUUACCGAAAAUCGUAUACCUUCACUGCCACUUGCCUGCUACCAUCGACAGAUGUACUUGGAAUCGGCAACGGUGCUGCGCACCUCAUAUGGUCAUACAAAAGGCUUAAAGCUGAAACUAUUCACGGAGGGCUCAGGUCGCGCCCUGGAACCGCGUCGUCAGUGCUUCACCCGUGAGCUCCUUUUUGGUGAUAGCUGCGAGGACGUGGCCACAAACUUGGGUGCACCCAAUCGUAUUUUCUUCAAGAGCGAAGACAAGAUGAAGAUCCAUUCGUCGAGCGUGAAUCGUCAGGCUCAAAGCAAACGCAGCGAUAUAUUCUUUAAUUACUUCACUCUCGGCAUCGAUGUGCUCUUUGAUGCACGCACGCAGACCUGCAAAAAGUUCAUACUGCACACCAAUUAUCCGGGUCAUUUUAAUUUCAAUAUGUACCAUCGUUGCGAGUUUCAAUUCCAGUUAAAAUCGGAUCAACAGGCCAGCGAGUGUAUCGAUCAGUUGGCGACCCAAAACAAGCAUGAUUAUGUCAAUAUAACUGCCUACACGAAAUGGGGUGAGAUUAGUGGUUCGCUUGCCACUUCAGAGCGUCCGGUGGUGCUUCAUCGAGCCAGCUCCACGAAUACGGCCAAUCCCUUUGGUUCGACUUUUUGCUUUGGCUAUCAAGAUUUGAUUUUCGAAGUGAUGCCCAACAAUCACAUAGCCUCUGUGACGCUCUAUAAUACGGCACCGCCUCAACAGCCCGCACAUCCAUGGCAGCAGCACAAAAUGCAGGACAUACGCCUGACUGUGGCCUAAACUUGUGUGGGUUUUGUUGGGCUUACAAACGACGCUUGAUGGAUGAAUAUUUCUUUCAUCGUGUUCUAAUGUUUAAGUUACCAAAUUGAUCUAACAUAGGCGUACUCUAUAUAGCGUAAUAUAUAUAGAAUUUCUAUUUAGACCGUAAGCAAAUUCAUCAGACGAACUCUUUGACCAUGUUCUACGGUAUUCCAUAACUCAUACAGACAAUUAAUUAGACACGUACUUCGUAUAAAAGAUAAAUUCUAAAAAAAAAAACCAAAAAAAAACUUAAAACAAUUGCAUGUCGUUAAAAUAUUUAAAUAUUUUAAGCUCAAAGUGUAUU